AUGAAGGAUUCGCAGGAGCAUGUGGCUGCAUUUGAAAUGGUGAUGAACUUAUAUGGACAACCGGGUCCUAUCAUGGCAAAAUUGUUCGCAACUACGCUCACGGGAAAGGCACAAGAAUGGUUCACAAAUUUGCCCCGGGGAAGCAUUGAAUCUUACGAACAGCUGGUACAAAAGUUCAAUUUUCAUUUUGCGAGCAAAAUGAAACAGAACAGGUCGGCAACCCAUCUGUUCAACAUCCGACAGAGGGAAGAGGAGACCUUGAAGAACUUCAUGGGGAGAUUCAAUAAUGAGACGUUGGAGGUGCAAGAAUUGAGGAAUUACAUGAUCGUAAGUAUUUUGAUUCACGGGUUGAGGAAAGGUCCCUUCAUAUCUGUGCUCGCACGCGACCCUCCGGGGGAUGUUGAGCAGUUAAUGGCUUUAGCUCAGAAGUACAUAGACGAGGAAGAGAUGAACGCGAUGAAGGAUUCUGAACGAAGAGAGCGCGGACACACGUACAGGUAA